AUGCUCAAGUUCUCGCGCGCUUUCAUCAGAAACUCAUCUGUGUGGGCAUCUGUCCAACAGGCACCUGCUGACAAGAUUUUGGGUCUUACUGUUCUCUACAACAAGGACACCAACCCCUCCAAGAUCAACCUCGGUGUGGGAGCAUAUCGUGACAACGAUGGAAAGCCUUGGAUUUUGCCUUCGGUCGUUGCCGCAGAAAAGGUCCUUUCUCAGACUGAAGAGAACAAGGAAUAUGUCCCCAUCGUUGGUUCUCCAAACUUCAACUCUCUGAUCAAGAAGUUUUUGUACGGUGCCUCGGCGUCUGGUCAGUCUCUCGUAGAUUCGGGUCGUGUUGUCACUUCUCAGGGUAUUUCCGGUACUGGUGCCCUGAAGGUUCUCGCUGAAUUUACCAAGAGUUUCUACCCAAUCCGCAAGGUGCUUGUUCCAAACCCCACCUGGGCCAACCACAUUGCCAUUCUGGAAAAGAGUGGACUUGAGACUGAGCCAUAUAGAUAUUACGACUACGAGUCCAAUGGGCUCGAUGUUACCGGUCUGCUUGAAGAUUUGCGCAAGGCUCAAGAGGGAUCUGUGAUCCUUUUGCAUGCCUGUUGCCAUAACCCCACUGGUGUUGACCCUACGCUUGAACAAUGGGACGAGAUCCUUGAGGUUGUUUCCCAGAAGAAGCUGCUUCCAAUUCUGGACAUGGCUUACCAAGGAUUCCGUACUGGUGACCCAAUUGAAGACCUGGCUAUUCUUUACAAGUUCUGCGACCUCGUCGCUGCUGGAAAGCUUGACAAUUUCAUGUUGUCACAGUCCUUUGCAAAGAACAUGGGUCUUUACGGUGAGCGUGUUGGUUCCCUGUCUAUCGUUACUUCUGGAGAGGAAGAGAGCGUGCGUGUCAAGUCUCAGCUCGAGAAGGUUAUCCGUCCUAUUUACUCAUCUCCUCCAUCCCAUGGAUCCAAGCUCGUUGAGAUCGUUCUUUCGAACCCUGAGAUCUACGCCCAGUGGCUCAAGGAUGUUAAGGUGAUGAAUGACAGACUCGUCGACAUGCGUGCCUUGUUGUAUGACAAGCUCAAGAACACCUACAAGAACCCAUUGAACUGGGAACACUUGCUUCAGCAACAGGGUAUGUUCUGCUACACGGGAUUGUCUCCAGAGCAGGUGUCAAGUUUGAUUGAUAAGUCAGUUUACCUUACUGGUGACGGUCGUAUCUCCAUUGCGGGUAUUUACGAGAAGAACGUGGACUAUCUUGCAAAGGCGAUCCACGAAGUGACCACUGCCUGA